AUGCCUCGCCGUUCACUACGAAAUUCAGCGCCUACAGAGCAACGAACAAAGCGCCAGGCCGAUACCUCAUCCCCCAGACAGGGUACAGAUACGAAACGCCGGAAAAGCGCCCCCAGAGAGCUACCGUCUAAGCCUAGAACAACCAGGCGUGCCUCAUCCACCGCGAAAAAGAGCAGAUAUUUUGAACAAGAUGCUUCCCAGUCCGAUUCCAGUGGUAGUGACUUGACUCCGUUGGCAUCCGAUUGCUCGAAUCGAGCCUCGAUGGAAAAGGAUAACGAAACAGAGGAUGCCUACAGCCCAGGAGCAGGCAGCUCUGCGUCUGCAGAUGCCGAGGAGUCCGCGGAAGAUCACGAAGAGGAAGACGAGGAUUUUGAAGAAAGGAAGAAAAGAGGCAGCAAAAAGAAGCCAGCAGCGGCACAUACGAAGAAAAGGAAAAGUGGUGUGAAAGAUCCCGUUGCUCAAUCCCGGGAAGCUAGCAAGGGAAAGGAGCUUUGGAGAGAGGGUGUAAGGACUGGGCUGGAACCAGGGAAAGAAGUGUUUAUCAAGCUCCCGACUCCAAGAGAUGACGGAGGGAUACCCUACGAGGAUGGCACCAUCCAUCCAAAUACAGUCCUCUUCCUUGCAGACCUCAAGGAAAAUAAUGACCAUCAUGAUGUUGAUUAUAGGAAGUCCAAAAAGGAUUGGGAUUCAUUCGUUGAGGCACUGAAUGAAAAACUUGCUGAGAAAGACGAGACAAUUCCAGAAUUGCCAGCAAAAGACUUGGUCUUUAGGAUAUAUAGAGACGUUAGGUUCAGUCAUGACCAAACACCCUACAAACCACAUUUUUCAGCGGCAUGGUCCCGUACCGGACGGAAAGGCCCAUAUGCAGCAUACUACCUCCACCUAGAACCUGGGAAAUGUUUUAUGGGAUCGGGUUUAUGGAUGCCUGAAGCCAGUAAACUCGCGCUUAUUCGCCAGAAUAUCGAUCGGAAUUCGCAACGGCUCAAGGGGAUCUUGAUGCACCCAGACGUCAGGAGAGAAAUCCUCGGCGGCGUGCCUAAUGACGAAAAGAAGGUCAUUAAAGCCUUUGCCAACCAAAAUAAAGAGAGUGCACUCAAGACCAAGCCAAAGCUUGCAUCGUCGCCACUGGCACCCCAAAGUAUUGUCUUUCUUAGGUCAUUUCAAUUGCCGACUCCAGGCACAGAGAAUGAGUCUCCUGGUUUUAUACGACCGGGGAUUCUUGGAGAGGUCAUCGAGCCAUAG